GUCCAGCAGCCGUCGUCGGUACGCGUCCUUUUAGUGCUCGUCGUCAGCGUCGCUGUCUCAGCAGUGCCAACGGAUAAUUUUGGAAAGGCAAUCAAAUACAAACUAAAUUGCAAACCUCAUAGCACUGUCACCGGGGGUUUUCGGUUUUUAUUUUGACGUGCGAAAGAAAAACGUGUUGCAAGUCAAGCAAGAUGAAACUGUACUUGGUUGGAGUUUUGCUAGCCGCAAUUGGCAUCCAAGCAACCUUCGCCUUAAAAUGCAUGCAGGGCGUCGAAGUCAUGAAGAACGGCGAACAGGUGAAGGAUUCGGACAAGAACAAAACUCCGGAAAUCACCGAAUGUAAUGCCGCUUCGGCACUGGCAUCGACCGGAUUCCUGAUUGCGAUUAAGCCCAGCACCAUCAGCUUCCCGUCCGGCAACUACAACUGCUACCAUCUGAAGUACACCGAGAAGGACAGCGACUCCUCGACCAUCAUCAAGGGCUGUAUCUACAAAUCGAUCCAGGUCUGCGAUGGGAAAUUCACCACCGACAAAGUCAGCGAACAAUUCUGCAGCCAGUGCGAGGCAGACGGUUGCAAUGCUGCGGGACGGUUUGGAAUCGACCUGAAGCUGCUGGGACUUACAUUUGCCGCAUUAGUGGCGUAUCUGCUGAAGUAAACGGGGCAUCCUCGUCGUCGUCACACCAUCUUCAACUUCAUCUCGUCGUGUACACUAGUUAGUUGCCUUUUCGUGAGUGUGCGUGCCGCUUUUUUGUCGCCAUUUGUUCAGCGCCGAAGAAAAACAGAAACCCGAUUGUGAGCAGACGGGACGCUCAUAAAACUCCGGCUUCUCCGAUGUGUGAUAUUAGGAAAGUUUUUUUUUCUCCCCUGUUGACGUUAUAAGAUUUUUUUCGUACCUACUAUCCGCAGAAAAGUUCGCAUCAGCACCGAAACCAAACACGAAGGCAAGCGCAUAAGAAGAUAAAAGUUUUAUGUUUAUGGAAAAUCAAUACGGAAUACAACGGCUUCCAUGCAGCAACAACACCAUCGAUAGAGUCUUUUGGAGAGGAAGAAGCCAGACAGUUUAAUUUAUGAUACAAAAAUAAAAGAACGAAACCGCGUGUGAAGCCAACUUAAUUACGAUAAAAAAAUCUCAUCGGCUGAUUGCCUGCGAGGCCUACUUCUAGUAGACGUAGACAUUGAAACCUGUCAAUUUCUUUAUUUGAUUAAUCCCUUAGUUUGCAGCCUACUGCAAUUACACACCGUCGAUGUCUAUCUCCAGAAAAUAUCGCAUACAUAAAAUAGGAAAACAUAAACUCAGGUCAAAAAAUGCCUCCAUGGUGUAAACCUUUUACCAUACAUCAAGGACCAAAAAACCAAAGCCUUUCAAACCUAAAAAAUACGUUUUCCGGUUUACUCAUCCAAAAUUCAUGCUAACGAUGGGGCUUCUAGAGCGCCUCGAACAUACAAUAGAAUAGUAAAGUGCGAGUUACAUUAAUCAACCAUUUAUUACCCAACAUCCCUUUCAAUCCAGAAUAAAAUAAAAAAAUUCCAACCAAACGAACGAGUGUCACUUUGGCGAAAUACCUAGUUUGUGCUAGGUUACUUUUGUAGAGGAAGUCCAUAAAAAGAAGAAACGCCGAUUUUAUAGGUCAACAACAAAUAAGAAAUAAAUGGCCCUCCGGGUCUCAUACAAUCAGACAAA